AUAUUAUGUCUGUGUUAACCGUAAAAAUAAAAAAUGCCAAGGACGUGGAGUAUUGAAAAAUGGGGUAUUUAAUGUAACACAUACGCACAAUCAUUUAGUGGAUAAAAAAGAUAUUAAAAUAAGAGCCUUCAAGCAAGCGUUAAACAAUCGUGUAACGACAAGCUCAGAUAAAUAUAGAAAAAUUUACGACGAAGUUCGUCUUCAUCAUGUAGAUGCAGCUCAACAUCUGCCAUUUUCAAAAAUAGAGAAUACGAUGUUUCAAUGGAGAAAAAAAGUGACUCCUCCAACCGUCAACAAUCUGAAUAAUUUUGUUGAAGUUGCUAAUUCCGACGAGUGGAAAGACAUUUCAAAAUAUAAUGGAGGCAACUUGGAAAUCUCCCUUGCUAUUGCCGAAGACGGCUCAAGAUCAACCAUUUUUUGUGAUAAAAACUUUGUAAACGAAGUCUACGACAACCAAACCAUGGUUUUUAUUGAUGCCACUUUCAAAAUUGUACCUCCUGAUAUGGAAUUGAGACAAUUUUUAACUCUAAUGACAGUUAAAUAUAAUCACACAAUUCCUUUUGUAUGGAUAUUAAUGGAGAAAAGAACAGCUGCUGCUUAUGAAGCUGUUUUCGAGGAAUUAAAAAUUUUAUUUCCCAAUUUCCAUAUAAUGGAAGCGAUGUGCGAUUUUGAAGAAGCUCUUAAGUUAGCAUUGAGAAACAAAUUUAAUGGAAUUUCCAUUCACGGAUGCUUUUUCCAUUUUAACCAG